AUGACUACUAGCUCAAAAACUAACUGUUCAUUCACUGUUAUAUCACAUGAAGAUGCAUUAAGAACCUUUACUCUUGAAAAGAUUGAAAAAUUCAUAGAAGAAGAAUUAUCAAUCUCAGCAUUUACCAGUCAUAAAUUAUCACACAGAGCACAUGAUUAUUAUUUUGAUGUUGAAGAUAUAGAUGCCACUAGAGCACAAAUCAAAGAAUAUCUUCAUUCAGAACCUAAGGGAUUUGAUAUUAUCAUUCAACCAACGGCAACUAGAAAGAAUAAAAAGUUAUUUAUCUUUGAUAUGGAUUCUACUUUAAUUUAUCAAGAAGUUAUUGAAUUGAUUGCUGCAUAUGCAGAUAUCGAAGAUAAAGUGGCUGAAAUCACCACAAGAGCAAUGAAUGGGGAAUUAGAUUUUAACCAAUCAUUGGCAGAACGUGUAUUAUUAUUAAAAGGAAUAGAUGCUUCUAAUAUUUGGGAAGAAUUAAAAGAAAAAAUCCAAGUUACAAAAGGUAUACCCGAUUUGUGUAAGGCAUUGAAGAAAUUAGGUAUAAUAAUGGGUGUUUGUUCAGGUGGAUUCAUUCCUUUAGCUGAACAUGUUAAAGGACAAUUAGGUUUAGAUUAUGCCUUUGCUAAUACUUUAGGAGUUGAUGAAAAUAAUCAUUUAGAUGGUACAACCAUUGGACCUAUUGUUAAUGGGGAUAAAAAGGCUGAAUUAUUAUUGGAAAUUGCUGCAAAGAAUGAUAUUGAUCCUAAAGAUGCCGUUGCAAUUGGUGACGGAGCUAAUGAUUUGAAGAUGAUGAGUGUUGCUGGCUUUGGGAUUGCUUGGAACGCCAAACCAAAGGUCCAAUUAGAAGCACCUGCGUGCUUGAAUACUGAAACUUUACUGGAUGUAUUAUAUAUCAUGGGAUAUUCAGACAAUGAAAUUGAAAAAUUAUUAGAAUAA